AUGGACGACGAGCGUGUCGUGCUGUUGGGGUUGAUCCAGAAGCGCCAGGGCGUGGACAACUGCUCGCCCUACGUGUCGAAAGCAGGAGGCACUCCGGCUUUUUACUCGACUCAGGCGCCGGCCGAAGCUGCGAACUUAACGUGCGCGAACUGUAGCAAAGGAUUGUUCCUCGUUGCCCAAGUUUAUGCUCCGGUAGAAACCGACCGGACGUUGUACGUCUUUGGGUGCAACUCGGUAUCGUGCACGGAAGUGUCGGGCAGCUGGCGAGUGUUGCGCGAUCAGGUGGAGCCCGUGACGGAGACUCCUGCUUGCACUGAGGUUGAGACAGUGACCGAGGAGAUGGAUCAAGUGAAGCUUGCGUGGGGUGCAGAGAGUGAUGAUAGCGACUGGAGUGACGACAACAAUGACGAUGGCGGCAGUGGAGCAGCUGAUCUCGUGGAUCUCGAGGCGCUGCUGCUAGAGCGAGAUGAAGCCAUUCAGACGAAUGCAGCGACGACUAGACCGACUAUGAUACCUGAGAAGACACAACAGCUAACUGAGAGCUCUCUAAGUGAUGGCGGGAAUGUCUUUCCAGCUCUGUUGAUUGAGGUGGUCGAAGAACCGUUUGAAGCCGUUACGACCGGACGUGACUUUGCACACGAGAAGGAGCUGCUCGAGAAGUACAUACAAGCAGAGGAAGAGGAACAGUCCAGUGAAGGUCGGGACUUGCGUCACGUGCUGACGCAGGCAAAGAAGAGAAGCAGCACAGUGCAGUCAACAGGAGCUACAUCGUCAACAGGUGAAUCGUAUGAAAAAACACCAGCGGAACAGCGGCAUUUGCUGCGUUUCCAAGAGCGCAUCAGUCGCUGUCCACUGCAGUGUCUUCGCUAUGAUUACGGUGGCGACCCAUUGUGGCCAGUAGUGAAGCCCCGCGGUGUGAAGGUCCCGCCAUGUCCCGGCUGUGGACAAGAGCGGUUGUUCGAAAUGCAGUUGACGCCGACGAUGAAUUAUUUUCUACAGGUCGAUAAGUACGCCGUCGAAAACGCCGACUCUGCGUCUCUGCAGCAGCAGCAGCAACAGACGCCCUCCCAUGUGCACUGCACGAUGGCAGGUGGCCCCAAGGCAGUCGUGCCUUCAAGUGCGAUGGACUGGCUCAGUCUCGUCGUGUACAGCUGCUCUGCAAGUUGCUCGGCCAGUCACGAGGAAUUCAUCUACGUCGUGCCGCCCCCGACAUGUUAA